AUGGACUCAUUUCUAGAUGCGCAAAAAGAGAAACGGCUUUCUUCAUUAUUGAGGAGCAGUGACGACACGUCAAGUCUGUGCACGUACCUCGGACCUUCACCAACCGCCGUCCACGCCCACUCCAUGCGCCCACCUCGACCAUGACAUCGGCAGCAGACGACAGCACAACUCCUAGUUUUAGCUUCAAGCGCCGAAAGACGACACAUACGAAGCGAGCACGCACCAACGACGCUGCGACACAACCCGGCGAACAAACUCACAAUGCUGCACCACCGGCCGAUGCGCCGGAGGAUGCACAAGACGAGACGGAGUCAGUACCCAAUCUGAAAGAGAUUCUGCGCAAUCGCAAUCGAAAACGCCCCCGCGAUCGUCCAAAUGAUGGCGCACGCAAGCCAGAGACAUCGCAGACCGAGCUUGUGCAGGUGGACGCGCCGCGCGCAGACCAGUACACGAGUCGCUUUAUCGCGCAGACUGGACAGGUGGUCGACAGCAGUGAUGCACAGAUGAACACGUACGUAGAAGCCCGCAUGGCUGAACAGAACUAUCGCAAAUACGGCUGGCCCAUACCCGCACACUUACUAUCAACUGUCGCCGCCAUCGCGCCCGAUCUCAAGCAUACUUCCACCGGGUCUCCUGUGCAGGCCGAAGGCGUCCCAGCUACCCCAGCCGUUGAUGACAAUACCGAUCGCAGCAGCAGACUUGCCGCGGGCCAGGGCAAGCUGGAAGAAGUCGUCCUCAGCUCUGACUCGACACGCACACACAAGGACUGGGCGCGCCUGGAGGGUCCGCCUCCAGCCCCCAAACAGCGCCUCGGCCGUGACGGAAAACCACUACGCAGUCGCAAGCGACGAACUAGCGAUGCACUGCGCCGCGAUGCCCUGGUUGACGCUGUGCUGCGCGAAUCAAAGAUUGAGUAUUUCGAGUCUGCAACCGCGCAGCCGCGCUUCGCCGGCACCGAAGACGACAUGCUCGAACAGUUUCGCUCUGACUACUUCGAGUCAAUUGAAGAACGGCAGGCGCGCAAACCCGCCAUGCCACCUUCGAAAGACCAGCCCAAAGGACCCAAAUUGGGCGGGAGCCGGAGUGCGCGAGCAGCGAUGCGGGAGCGGGAAGAAGCCGCCGCGAAGGGAAAUGUCAAGAGGUAGAGUUUGUUAUGUGCAUUUUGCAUGCUUGUUGUUGUUCUUGUGUUGUAUGCGAUAUAAAUGAUGAUGAGGUAAGCAGAAUACUGAUGUGUGGACAGUGAGACAAAAGUCAAUGAUGGAAGGCUCCUCAAGCGCGGGGAGUGGAUGAACAUGCAGGUCAAAGACAGGGCGUGGUAUAGCAAGUGAGCAAAACGCAUGUUCUGGACCGCGGUUAUGAGUAUCAGAUGUGAUUUGGCUGCGCUGGACACAAGUGAUGCCAGAGCGAUCCAAGCAGACAUCCAAACGAUGCCAAAAUAACCAUAGCACG